UAUGGUCACGUUAUGUCAGUUUUUGGUCUAAAACGUCAGCGCAGCCAGACGUUUCACUGGCGCGAGACAAUCCCAGUAUUCGAGGGACUACCUCAUGUUUUUUGUCUUUGUUGAUACGGCAAAGAUCUUGUCGAAGGCAGGGGUCGUUUAUGUUGGAGACUGGAUCAAUAGUGAGUUAGUGUGUCAACUUCGACGUAGGACGAGCUGUCAUGUGCUAGUGGACAAAGAUUCGUCGCAGUUGCAUCGAGAAAGACAGAAGCCAUUUGCACGUAAGAGGAACAGCACUGCUCCCAGUACUUAUCCUUGGAACAUCACGUUUCAUAUCUUGGUGGAACAAGUUGGAGGGGGCAGGUGAAGGCUGAAGGCAGGCAGGUGACCAGACUGUGGUUGUGUACUUUUCUCCUUUGUAGAUCUUCAGUUCGAAGAGCAAGCAGUGUCUGCCGGAGAGUGAAUAGCCAGCAUGAAAACCAGAUCUAGUAGCAGAGGCAGAGGGGAAAGCUGUUCACUCAAGAGUACGAAUGAAUCAAGAGGAUGUGCAUCAGACAUCAGUCAAAGUGCACAGCAUGAUAAUACAAAUUCUAACAGAAGUUUUUUAGAAUUGACCAAAAACAGCAGGAAAAGAAGGCAUUCUGAUGUUACAUGUAGCAGUAAGAAGGCAGCGACUAACUACCAGGAAGAAUCCGAACAUGACCAGCUUGCAAGUGUUCUAAAUAAAACAGUGUCAGUGGUGCUAGAGCCAUUUGAUGUGGAGAAGUGUAUACAGGCUAAAGUUGCAAAUCGCAAUAAAAAGAAAUGCAUCAGUAAUUACUCUGUCAGAGAUGUCAAAAUAACUACUAAGAGUUCAAAUGGUUGCAGCACAGAAAAUCAAGAGAGCUCGACAACAGGAAGCAUGGACUCUCGAAGCAGUGAAAGAUGUUUGCAGAAAUCUACUCAUCAUGACGGCAAAGAACUACAUAAUAGUGAUCAGAAGAAUGUAGCAUCGCUCAGCUUGAGUCAUGAUGAUGACCAGGGGUUGUUGGAGAGUUCGACCCAUCAGAGCAGAAGACAGUUGUGGGAUGCUUCCCACAAAAUGAGUUCAGAAUUUCGCCGAGAACGCCGUAAAAUAUAUAAGAAGCCAGUUUGUAUAUGUUGUGUAGGAAAAGAUAACAACAGUGGAAAUGAAAUAAGAGUUGCAAGUGAUGGCUUGAAGGCAAAACAUAACAAACAUAUGGAGAAGAGCAUCAGAAAUAGUGAUGUAAAAAGAGCAGCCAGUAGUACCCAAAAAAGAAGAACUGUUGUGGGUGCUUCUCACAGCAAAGUAAAAGAUGCUGAUUAUCAGUAUGGAGGCAGACCACUAACUACAGAGCACAGCAGUACAAGCUCUGAAACUAUCACAACUCUCAAGAUGAUGAGUGAAGUAUUUAAAGAUGGCCAGUCAUCCAGAAACAGAGAGAUUAACAGCCACAGUAGUAGGAGGUCAGUCACACCAACAUCAUGUUCUGUAGCCACAGCACCUUUGCAGAUGACACACAGUGCAGCUUCACAACCUGCACAUGCACUUACACAUUUAGAAAUGCACCCAUACUUGCGUCGACGGUCAGCAUCAGCACCUCCUCAGUUACAGUUGGGUGACACUUUUCGAAAAACUGUUGAUGUGUUUGCGCGUUUACUUCAGGAUGUGGCAGCACAUCUGCAGAAAUGUGCUAAUAGAGUUGGUGAUACAUUAAGUGACCGUAAUUUUGAGCAUAUGGUAGCUGGCGUUUCUCACUUGGUGUCCAGCUGCACAUGCCAUUCACCUAUUGGGUGUUUACUAUAUAGCAUUAAUAUUAUGAAUGCAUUAAAAAGUAGACUGUCUGCAGAAUUAAAUGUGGUUUCACUAUCCAAUGGUGAUGCAGUACAGCCAGCAGCAGCAGGCACGCAAUCAGAUGGGAAUUUAAUGGGAAGUUUCCAUCUAGAAGCAAGCAUCAAAGGGAGGAACAAUACAGAAGCCAGUAUGGAAGGAGGUAGUGUAUCUGAGUCUGCACCUCAGUGUGAUGCCACAACAUUAACAACGAAGUCCAGAAACAUAGUGUCAACUGCUGAGACCUGCAUAAGCACAUCAUACAGCACUUCUCUCACUGAAGAGACAAAUGACACACCAUCACCAAUAAGUAGCACUGAUAAUGCUUAUAUUGAAGCAAGUAUCAGAGAAACAGCCCAACUGGAAGCAAACACAAAAGAGAGUACCAGCACAAUAACAUGUAUAACAGAAGACAGUGUCUCAAAGUCAGCAUCAGAAUAUGGUGCAACGUCGUCAUCAGUUGAGCCCAUAAUCAUGGUGUCAGCUGCUGGGACAUUUACUAGUACUAGUUCUUCACCCACUGGAGGCCCAAAAGAAAUCCUGGACCUACAUGAAGUGGAUACUGUAGUUUCUGAUCAGAAUAAUGUAAAUGGCAGAGUGGAUGAUAGAACAGGGUGUGCCAGCUCCAAGAGUAAUUUAAUGUGUGGGAGUGCAGAACGAGAACAAGAUGGUGAACGGAAUACUUUUGACUCCGUAUCUCUCUGUAUGGAAGAGAUUGAAAUAAAGGAAGAAGUUGAAACCUCAGAAAGUGACAGUGAAUUAGAGUUGUCUGACAAACAGUACUCACAAAAUGAGGCAGAAUCUGAUGCAGGUAGUUGUGGUCCUGAAGGGGAUGAGACAGACAGAGAUGAAAAUAUGGUUGAGGUUGAGUGUAACAUUGUCGAGACCUCAGAUCUAAGUAAUCACACCGGAAAUGAAUCACAUAUGAAAGAUCUGAGAAUGGAGGCACAGCAUGAAUAUGACAAUAACAGCACAGAAAAUGAUGUUGCUGAGGAUGCUACUAGUAAUGGAGCGAAUACUGCUCCUGCUGUCAACAGGGGAGAUGAUACUGAUGCAGUCAACAAUACUGGACACAGUUAUGGUGGCCACAUUAAUGAAGACAAUGUUGGGGACGCUACUGCUGAACAAGUUGUUGCCCAAGGUAAUGACGACAGUGUUGAGGACACCGACACUGAAGUCAUUGGUGGCCACAGUACUGAAGGCAGUGUUCAGGACACCAGUGCUAGUAAGUGCGGUGAUGGCCAUGGUACUGAAGAUGGUACUGGGGAUGCCAAUGCUGCCGGGGAUGAUGGCAACACAAUAGAAGACAAUGUUGGAGAUGCCAGUGAACCUGAGUUAAUUGAUGGCUCUCAGUAUAAUGACCGUUGGGAAUUUGUUGAACAGGCUUAUGGUGGGGGUUAUGCAGGACCUUACUAUGAAGAACUGUAUGACCCUGAUGUUGUGGCUGUCCAUGCUUUGGUAAGCACUCUGCGACAUUUGAAUGGUUUGCCAGAUGGCCAUUUAUCUAAGCAGCUUGAAGUUAGAGUAUUUGGCGGAGGCGUCUGGCGAGUUUAUCAGAUACCUAAUCGUUAA